GGUUGGGUUGAGGGAGCGCGGCUGCGCUUUGCGGUCUUGCCGGAAAGCGCUCCGGAGUGUCGUGUGUUUGCGCCCGCGGAGGGAGCGAGAGAGGGCGGAGGGAGCGGCUGGCUGAGGCGGCGGCGGGCGAGGAAGAGCGAGCGGGAGGGGAGGCAGGCAGGCGGAGGAGGGGGGCCGCGCAGCAAGCGACCCCGCCCGCCCGCCCGCCCGCCCCACUCCUCCUCGCGGGCCCCGACGGAGGAGGCCUGGCGGGGCGAGGAGCAGCAGCAGCAGGAAAAGGACGCCGCUGCGCCGAGCGGGGAAGAGGAGGAGGAGGAGGAGGAGGAGCGGGGUCCGGCGGCGCCUGCUGGGCCUGGCCAGGCCGCUGCGCCCCGGUCUCUGCCCGGGCGGCCCUGGCGCCCCCGCCUCCGCGCCUCAGGCCUUCCCUGCCGCUUCCCAUGUCUCAAUGGACUCCUAAAUGUAAUAUAGUCUGUACUCUAGAAGCGGAUAUGAAGAGUGACGUUUCUUCUGGUGCACCAAACAGCCAGGAGAGUCUGAAGGGGAUCCUCUUGAACCCUCAGUCCAUUGAGGCAGCCAAAAGCUUCCCUGAAGAAGUCAAGAUGAUUGCCAGCAAAGUAGGGGAUGAAUUCUCUCACCUGUGUGGCGAUGCUCAAAAGCAGAAGGAUGUCAGUGGAAACCGUCCAGAGCAAGAAACCCUGGUCAUGCGGAAGAAGCGGAAGAGCCAGCAGGCUGGCCCGUCGUAUGCCCAGAACUGCGGCAGCAAAGAGAACCCGCGGAUUCUAGGGCUGCGGCAGCGCCUGGACACACAGAGUGAAGACAACGACUCCUCUUUCAGUGACUGUGUCUCUUCCCCUUCAUCUAGCUUGCAUUUUGGAGAUUCGGACACAAUGACGUCCGAGGAGGACAAGGAGGCGGCUCCCGUCAGGCACACACGGGCAGUGUUGAAUGCCUCGAACAGAACUCAUGGCUCUCGGCCACAGAAGUGGCCCCGGACGGAAACUGAAUCUGUAUCGGGCUUAUUAAUGAAAAGACCCUGUUUCCACAGCAGUAGCUCCUUGAGGAGGGUCCCCUAUAGGAAACGGUUUGUGAAAACGAGCUCCUCGCAGCGGACACAAAACCAAAAGGAGCGGAUUUUAAUGCAGCGGAAAAAGAGAGAGGUAUUAGCCAGACGCAAGUAUGCACUGCUGCCCAGCUCUAGUAGCUCCAGUGAGAACGACCUCAGUAGUGAGUCCUCUUCCAGCUCGACCACUGAAGGAGAGGAAGACAUCUUUGUAUCAACUGGCGAAAACCACCAGAACAGUGCCGCUGUUCCCUCAGGGAGUAUCGAUGAAGAUGUUGUGGUGAUUGAAGCAUCCUCUACUCCCCAAGUCACUGCCAAUGAAGAAAUCAAUGUUACCUCAACAGACAGUGAAGUAGAGAUUGUAACUGUUGGGGAAAGUUACCGGUCUCGUUCGUCAGUGGGGCAUUCGAGAUCUCACUGGGGCCACAGUUCGGGCUCCCAUGCUUCACGACCCCAGGAGCAGCGGAACCGCAGUCGGAUUUCCACCGUCAUCCAGCCGCUGAGGCAGAACGCAGCAGAAGUGGUGGACCUCACCGUGGAUGAGGACGAGCCCACUGUUGUGCCAACAACCUCCUCUCGAGCGGAAUCCCAGGCUGCAAAUCCUGCUCCCAGUGAUGGCUCCAACGCCGCCCCCUCAGAGCAGGCCUCUGAUGUAGUUCCUAGCAUCUCUACUGGCCAGCCUCCAGCAGCAUCGGAGCCUCUGGUUGUCCUUGCCAAUAGCGGCACUGCUGGGAGUUCAGCAGGAGAUGACGCGAGAGGCAAUCCCUCAAGUACGACACUGGAGCCCGGCCCUCCUGCUCUGCCAAGGCUGCCCUCCUGCUGCCCCCAGCAUUCUCCGUGUGGGGGCUCUUCGCAGAACCACCACGUCCUGGGCCACCCGCACGCCAGCUGUUUCCAGCAGCACAGCCACCACUUCCAGCACCACCACCACCAUCACCACAACCCCCACGCAAGCGUCCCUCUCUCGCCUCCCUUCAGCGAUGCCGGCUGCCCCGUCGAAAGGCCUCCCCCCGUGCUAGCACCUGGGGGGCCCAGCAGCAGUUCCAGCACCACUUACCACGACCAGCAGGCCCUGCCGGUAGACUUAAGCAGCAAUGGCAUCAGGAAUCACGGAAGUGGCUCUUUCCACGGAGCGUCGGCCUUCGACCCUUGCUGUCCCGGAUCUUCCUCCCGAACGGCCAUUUACGGGCACCAGGCUGGGGCUGCCCCCAGCCAGCCCAUUGCCAUCGACGGAUACAGCGCAGCAAACAUGGUUGCCCAGCCUCAGCCCCCGCCCCAGGCCUCGCUCUCCUCCUGCCGGCAUUACAUGCACUCGCCUUAUGCCUCUCUGACUCGGCCUCUUCAUCAUCAAGCUUCGGCAUGCCCCCAUUCCCAUGGAAACCCCCCUCCCCCUGCGCCACCUCAGCCACAGCCACCGCCUCCGGUUGACUACGUCAUCCCGCACCCGGUGCACCCCUUCCACCCCUCCAUCUCUUCCCACACCUCUUCCCACCCCGUCCCUCCGCCCCCGCCCCCCCACCCUCUCGCCAACACUGCUGCCCCAAUGCCACAGCACCUCCCAGCUGCCCACCAGCCCAUUUCCCACCACAUCCCUGCCACGGCCCCCUCUGCACAAAGGCUGCACCCCCACGAAGUGAUCCAGAGGAUGGAGGUCCAGAGGCGGCGGAUGAUGCAGCAUCCCACGCGAGCGCAUGAACGCCCCCCGCCACAUCCUCACAGGAUGCAUCCCAACUACGGUCAUGGGCAUCACAUUCAUGUACCUCAGACUAUGUCUUCACACCCUCGACAAGCAUCGGAGAGGUCUGCCUGGGAACUGGGGAUUGAAGCUGGAGUGGCUGCAGCUGCCGCCUACCCGCCAGGCCCGUUGCACCCCCACCUGGCUCACUACCACCCACCCCCUCGGCUUCACCACUUACAGAUUGGUGCUCUUCCUUUAAUGGUUCCUGACAUGGCGGGCUACCCUCACAUCCGUUACAUUUCAUCGGGAUUGGAUGGAACUUCAUUCAGAGGCCCUUUCAGGGGCAAUUUUGAGGAAUUAAUUCAUCUGGAAGAACGUCUAGGAAAUGUGAAUCGUGGAGCUUCCCAAGGGACAAUUGAAAGGUGCACAUAUCCGCACAAGUACAAAAAGGUAACAACUGAUUGGUUCUCACAGAGGAAACUGCACUGCAAACAAGAUGGGGAGGAAGGAACUGAGGAAGACACCGAGGAAAAGUGCACCAUUUGCUUGUCCAUAUUGGAGGAAGGCGAAGAUGUCAGGCGCCUUCCCUGUAUGCAUCUUUUCCACCAAGUAUGCGUCGAUCAGUGGUUGAUUACAAACAAGAAGUGCCCCAUUUGCAGAGUGGACAUUGAGGCUCAGCUGCCCAGUGAGAGUUGACACCCUUUUGCCUAAACCUCUCGCUCUUCUCUCCUUCACGCUCAUCCUUCCUGGUACUGCAGUCAACCAAAGAUGGCCAUGACUUACCUGUGCAGAUGUUGGAAGCAUUUGAACCUUGCUAGAGUGCCGUGUGUCUGCUCUAUGGUAUACCUAAUGCUAAACCUACAGUUCAGUGUAUUUAUAAAGCUUUUUCUUUCUUUUUUUUAGACUUUACAAUUUCCCCCACUCUUAACACAUUUUUCCCGUAUUUUUGCAUGGUUCCUUGUAUUGCAUUUCUUUGCACAUGUUAAUGGGCUUAGCGACCCCCCCAAACUUGCAGGCAAGAUUAUCUGCUUUAGAAAGUAGAAGAAUUGUGUGGUCUUUUUUUGUUAUUUUUUACAGAGUCGAGCUUUUCCAGAGUAUGAUUUCACUCAUUACUAACCUCAGAGUCCUUAAUUUAAUCAUGUAUUUUAGUUUUAAAUGUAUAAAGUUCAACUUUUUAAAAAGGAUGAUAUUGUGUGUUAAGACAUUCCUUAAUUAGGAAAAAAAAGGCUGCUGUAUACUUGGCGUUUGACAGAAACGCCAAGUGCUUCUCCUGCGCAAGCCCCUUGGAGAUGAGCGGGAGCUGUGCAAGAGUGCCGCAAGCACACGGUGGGUUCCCGUCGCACCAUCCGUAAUAACUGGGGACACGGAACAUUCGGCCCUUUCCAUUUCAAAUGGCAUUCUCAAGGCUGGAGUGUCCUUUCUGAUCACAGGCUUCUGUUUCUUACAUCUUCAGCACAAUGCAGAUAUAUUUGAAUGUCAAUAUUAAACAAAACAUUUAGGCUGCUGUCAGAUUGUAUGUACCAUUUUCUUAUGUCUAGCAAUUUGAAUCUCUCUAACGUAAUAUUUUGCUGUUGAGAAACGGCUCUAAUGAACACUAAAUAUUUGAUUUCAACUAGCUGGGUUGUAGAUACAUGACUUGAAUAAAUAAGUUUGUAGGAAAACAGGAAAAUACAACUUUUUUUUUUUUUUUUUUUUGCUCCUCAGUCUUAUGCUAAAUCCAUUUAAAGAUCUGCACAAACCGGUUUUGUAUAAAAGAAAAACACAAACAUUAAUUCAAGGUUUCAGAUUUCAUUUCUCAAGGCAGAUAUCCACGACUUCUAUGAACUUUCAAAAGUCCUUGCUCUGUUGUGGGAUCUGCGGGGUGCUUUUUUUUUUUUUUUAAAGUUUUACGGUCAAUAAAGUUAGCUGAAUCCA